UCUCUUUGCUUUUGAGUAUUUGUUGGCAAAGCUCAUUUGAAAGCAUCACCAAAUUACAACAAGAAAACAUGCAAAAGCAAGCUUUGGUUAUAUUGUUUUACAACCUCUCAAGCUCAUCUUUGCUUCUCCUUCUCUUCCUAUACUACUCAUCAAUUUUGCUUGCCAAGUUCUUCUACUUCAUUGGAAGUUACUCGCUUCUCCAAAGGAAUCGAAAUGGAUAUGAUUACAGUAUGUUCUCUGAGGAAGAAGAAGAAGAAGAAGAAGAAGAAGAAGAAGAUUAUUGUGUUGAAAGGUAUAACUACAAGGCCAACUGCAUGGAAAAUGACCACCUUGUGGCUGACAUAAUUCGUGGUGGUGAAUCACUUAUUUUCCUGCCGGACAGCAGCUUUCAAAGACCUCGAAAUGAUGUCCAUGAUGAUCAGCUCAUCACGAGUGAGGAUCAAGAAUAUGCAAGUUGUUACACUGAACAGUCACCUAGUUCAGAUUCUGAACACCAUCAUGAUGAUGAUGAUACAGAUUUGUUUGAUCAUGAAGAGAUCCCAACAAAAGAUGGCGAUUCACUUGACAAUUUUGAUGAUGGUCCCACUCCUAUAGUCUCACCAAUGGACAAAAGUGAUGUGGACAAUGAUGAAGAUGGUGAUGAAAAUUUUUGUAAUCAAAAAAUCAAACCAAGGGUGCAAACAGAUUUUUCAAGUGACAAGUUUUUUGUUAUAGGACCAACAGUGGAGUCUAAGAAGUUAGUAGGUGAGGAGCAGGAUGAUAAUGAACCAAUCUAUGGUGACUCUUACACAAUAGGCUCAACAUCAAAGAGCUCAUCUGAGUGGAGAAGCUCAAUAAAUUGCAGAGAUUCAGGGACUGAAGAUCCAUUUUCAUCUUCCUCAAGAAGAAGUUGUCCCAAAUGGGAAUCCUACACUGUGUUCCAAAAAUAUGAUGAAGAGAUGAUGUUCCUUGACAGAAUCAGUGCACAAAAGCUCCAAGAAACAGAAUCACUAAGGUCCAUUCAAGCUUGCCCAAGAUCAAUAUCUGAGAGAAUAGUCCACAAGUUUGCGACAAUGAACAAAAAACCAUCAGAUAUCAGACAGAAUCCAUACCAUGAACUGGAAUCUGCAUACGUUGCUCAAAUUUGCUUGACUUGGGAAGCUCUUAACUGGAACUAUAAGAACUUUGAACAUAAAAGAGCCUCUAGAAAAGAUUUCGACUGUCCUGCCAUCAUUGCUCAACAGUUUCAACAAUUCCAAGUUCUUUUACAAAGAUACAUCGAAAAUGAGCCUUAUGAACAAGGGCGUAGACCCGAGGUGUAUGCCAGGAUGAGGCUUUUGGCCCCAAAGUUGCUUCUGGUUCCUGAAUAUCGAGAUUAUGAGGAAGAUGAAAGAGAUGAAGGGUUUGGGCCAAGAAUAUCAGCAGAAACAUUUGUGGUGAUAAUGGAGGAUGGAAUCCAAACCUUCAUGAAUUUUCUCAAGGCAGACAAGGAGAAACCAUGCCAACUCAUUAAAAAAUUCUUUGGGAUGAAGAGAAGAGGCUCAGUUGACCCUACACUCCUUCAGCUCAUGAAAAAAGUUAAUGCUAAAAAAAGGAUGAAGCUUAAAGACCUUAAAAGGGCUAAGAAAUGCAUAAGGAGAAGGAAAGUGAAGGUGGAGAAAGAGAUGGACAUAUUGAUGGGUCUGAUUGACCUAAAAGUGGUGUCAAGGGUUUUGAGAAUGACUGAUCUAACUGAACAACAAUUGCAUUGGUGUGAGGAGAAGAUGAGCAAAGUCAGGAUUUCAGAAGGCCAACUCCAUAGAGAUUCCUCUACCCUUUUUUUCCCAGCUCACUAAUUAACCCACCACCUUUUUCUAAAUAUUACACCAUAUGCAAAAAAAAAUUUCUUCUUCUUUCAUUACAAAACCAUAUCUAAAUGUGCAUCACUGCACCAUAUGGAUAAUCCUAGGCUAGCUUUUGUAUAUAGCUAUACCUAUAUUAUACCGGAUGUAGUGACAUAGAAUUUGUUAGAAAAUUAAGAUAUAGGUUCUAUACAUGAAACAUGAUAAUAAUAAAUUUUAUGAUAUUUAAUAAAACUGUAAAAUUUUAAAUAUCACACUUCCAAUAAUAUUUCGAUUUAGAUAUUUUAACUACAAUAGUAAAUAUCUCGAAUAUGGCAUACUAUUGUGAAGAAUAGGUUUGGAUUUGAAUAUUUGAACCUAUUAUUCACUUUAAUUUUUUUUACUUACGAAUAUUGCAUCAUUGUUGAAAUAGGAACAAAACAAAGUCCAACAACAUGUGAGGGUGACAUGGAAUUUGGAGAUUUUGGGAAUCCAUAGAAAUAUUGGAGAAAAGCAGAUAAGCCAGGUGAUUUUUUAUUUAUUUAUUCAUCAACUGAAAGUGAAAGAGCAGACAUAAAGCAAGGAACAUUGAAGAGUAGAUACUACAGUGGGAGUAGCUUUGUUAGGUUACUUUAGCUUUAUGUCAUUAGGGGGUUGUCAACAAGGAUACGAGGGCUCUACGUUAUCAAAAGAAGAGAAGGAUAAGAAGUAACUCUCACACAUGCAUACCAACACAGUAAAAAGGAAUUUGCACAUGCUACCACUCUAAAGCAAAAUCAUUAUAGAAUUAUGUAAAAGAAAUUGGUUUUUUUAAAGAUAAUUAUGAACAAAAUUCAUUAGUAUACAUUCUAAAAAAAUUUUAA